CAUGUGCAAGAAAUCUUUCUACAUGUGGAAUGUGAUCAGUGUUUGGUAAUGUUACAUUGCACAUACAAAUGUAUCUAUGUCAGUUAGACCAAAUGUAGCGCCAGAUGACGUAAUUCGUCUGGUGAAUGAAGUAUACGGUCUGACUGUCGUCGAAUUGAAGGAAUUCCCUGCAUUUGAGGACAGAAACUUUCUCGUCACUUGUGAACCGUCUUCGACUCGGAGCGAAAAUGGCACAGUACAGGAUCCUCGGCAAAAAACCUCCGAGUGUUAUAUUAUUAAGAUUUCUGGAUCAAGAGAUAAAAACGAUGAUUCUGAAAUCGAAAAUCAAAGAUUGAUAAUGGAUUUUCUAACUUCUGAAGACUUUUGGUGUCCGCAGUUUGUAAAAACCAUAUCGGACCAAUGGUUUCACUGGUAUGACCAACAUAAUGACCCAUUACGCAUGCGAAUGCUAACCUAUGUACCAGGUGACCCUCUCAUGGACCACUGGACCGGUUUGUCAGCACGUGAGACAUUGGUGUCACUGGGGGAGUUCGUUUCACAACUUCACCUAGCGUUUGAGAAGCUGACACAAUCCGGUACUGUCCAGGUGAACGUUGAUACACAAGAUCCUUGGAAGAUGGACAACUUCCUCGGUGUUACGGAACUUCUACACGAAAUACACGAUGUGACGAAGAGGCGAUUGAUAUCCGAGAUAGUCUUACGAUUUCAAGAGGAAGUGCUCGGCGUAGUGGACAGUUUAUCAUCAGGAAUUAUACACGGUGACAUACACGAUAUGAAUAUCAUUGUCAAUAUAAGGGAUGGAAAACUACGCCCAAUAUACCAACCGAAUCAAGAGCCUGGAGAUUCUGAUUCUGUCAAAAAGACGUUUGGAUUAAUUGAUUUUGGUGACGUCAGCUUUUCUAGGUACGUGUUUGAGGUAUCCAUGGUAAUUAGAGACACCAUUACGGACGUGAAGACGAUCGACCCUGUUGAAAUUGCCGGGCAUUUUUUGGCAGGAUACCUUAAACACCGACCUCUCAACAGUGUGGAGGUUGACGUCCUCUUUGUGUGUAUCCAGGCGGCCCUUUGUCAGUAUAUAGUCCUUGGCGAGUAUGAAUACAAACUUCAGCCUGAUAACGCCUACACAAAACUUGGCGCGGAGGACGCCUGGAAACAACUUCAAGUCCUUCAAAAACUGGACAAAUCUCAGGUUUUGCAGACAUGGUCAACUUUGUUAUCAUCUUCAUAUAAUUUAGUGAUAUAACACUGUUACUUAACGUGGAGUUUUAGCAUCUUAUAUAUUAAUUUGGUUGACAUACUCCCGUAUUUUCGUUCAAUAGUUGCUUCCCUUGAAGUAAUUUCUAUUUCUUUCCCUGGAUUGGCUAAGUUAUCAGCUUUUAAUACUAGAUGUGAAAAGUGACUUGCAGUAUAAGUAAAAAAUUGGAAAAAAAAAAUUCUCGCAUUGGUUCGUACGGUCCACAAACAAUACGCCUUCACGUAUUGAAAGCUGAUUGGAUCCGAACUAUCACGUGGCAUGCCAUGAAAGUUGAUCCGAAGAUUUCUGAUGUUUUAUCGGUUAAUUCACUCAUUUUACAAUCCAAAUUCAACUGAGCGAUUGAGGGGAUUGAGCCAUUGGUAAUAACAUAUAGUGAAAUAAUUAAAUGUGUGAGACCUUAGAACGGAACGUGCUGUACUAUGGGGCGCCGUUUUACUAUUUAUUCCCAUUUGGUGAUAUCACCUAUUCAAUCAGUGAUAUCACCUAUUCGAAUAG